ACCCUUGUCCGUCCCUAUAGCAACAAAUGGAAAAAGUCUCGCAAGUUCGUUGCAGUGAUUGGUCCUAGCAAGUGGUUGAUAAAUAUCUAACCGAGACAAGUAUUUGAGUUUCCAGGAGAACAGAGCGUGGAUGUCCACAUAGGACGCUUGCUUGCGAGUAACGUGGCCGGGACAUGAAGAGUAUUGUUGCAUCAGGUGGCGCUGUAAUCGACAGCUUGGAAGUCCUGCCGUCACGUGACUUGUAACAGACCUGAUGUGAGGCGAUCCCACCAACAGAGAUCACAAUCCCACUCCGGCUCGAGAACGUCUCACGUUCUCGUUUUCGAGAAGCAAUGGUUGUUUCACGCCCAUAAAAGUUGUUGAUCAGCGUGUGCUCGCGCUCCUCUUUCUUCGUCUUCAACCGCCUCAACUCCCACCGCACCUCGCGCGCACUCUCACCCCCACUCCACCCACUCCUCUCUGCCCUCCCUCUGUCUGUGAAGAAACGGACGAUGUGUCUUCAACUGCAACAUUUCUAGGAAACGAAAUGGGAAGGAGUUUGUCCUCUUAAGCAUUAUGCUGACAUCCCAGGCUGCAGUCCAAUCAUGCUGGAGCAGGGUUCCUGUUCAAUCAGCUCUCAGUCUCUGACCCGGGACCACGAGGCCCUUGCUUUAUCCGGAGCCACCAGGAGGCAGGAUGAGGGUCCGGUCUUUGGAAUGGGGUCGAUGUAUGGAAGCAGCACACCUCGACACCUUCUCCACACGCCCGAUGACGGUGAGAGCUGGCAGAAGCACCGUGCCGGACUGGCCGGCGGUUCCAGACUCUACACUGCCACCCAGUAUUUCCUGGAGCCACAGAGCCUCUCAACCAGUCACGACACCCUAUACCUUCCUCACACGUCCGGCCACACGCCUCCUCUUCACCAAAAUCGCCUGGGCCUUUCUCUUGACGUCACAUCACCAUUUGACAUAGGGGGCGGGUUCCUGGGGGCCGAUGGAGAGUUGGCAGUUAGCCCCAAUGUGAUCAAGAGACGCCGUGGAGGCCUGAUUGAACAGAGGGACAUUGUGAAAGCCCAUCAAGCCCACAAGAUCCACAGCACACCACAGGCUCGCCGCAAAGAGUGGGAAAUGGCUCGCUUCGGAGACGACGUCCCGGGCUUGUUGAGCUCCGGUGACGGAGGCUCGGAGCGGACCCGGACCCGCGAUGGAGCGGCGGUGUCCACAGGUGGCAUCUCCCCGGCUUACAAGCAGACCAAGGCGCAGCGGGCUCGAACCAUGGCCCUUUACAACCCCAUCCCUGUUCGGGAGAACUGUUUCACCGUCAACAGGUCGCUCUUCAUCUUUGGGGAGGACAACGUUGUCAGGAAGUACGCCAAGAAAAUCACAGAGUGGCCGCCGUUUGAGUACAUGAUCCUCGCCACCAUCAUUGCCAACUGUAUCGUCUUGGCGCUGGAGCAGCACCUUCCUGGAGAGGACAAGACCCCCAUGUCCAAGAGACUGGAGAAGACAGAGCCAUACUUCAUUGGGAUGUUCUGUUUCGAAGCUGGGAUAAAGAUCAUCGCCCUUGGCUUUGUCUUCCAUAAAGGCUCUUACCUUCGGAAUGGAUGGAACGUCAUGGAUUUUAUUGUGGUCCUCAGUGGGAUUCUGGCUGCAGCUGGUGCCCACAUGAACAUCUCAGUUGACCUCAGGACUCUCAGAGCAGUGCGUGUUCUACGGCCACUCAAGCUUGUUUCAGGCAUUCCCAGUCUCCAAAUAGUUUUGAAGUCCAUCAUGAAGGCGAUGGUUCCACUGCUGCAGAUUGGCCUGCUGCUUUUCUUCGCCAUCCUCAUGUUCGCAAUCAUCGGCCUGGAGUUCUACAGCGGCAAACUGCACAGCACCUGCAAGCCCCGGCAUGGGAUUUUAGCAAAUGAGACGGUGGACUUCACCGAGUUAGACUUUCCAUGUGGCGUCCGUCAGUGUCCUCCCAAAUACACGUGCAGUGACACGUGGAUUGGUCCAAAUGAUGGCAUCACCCAAUUCGACAACAUCCUGUUUGCAGUUCUAACAGUGUUCCAGUGCAUCACUAUGGAGGGCUGGACCACAGUUCUCUACAAUGCUGAUGAUGCCUUGGGUCCUAGCUGGAACUGGCUUUACUUCAUCCCCCUCAUCAUCAUCGGCUCCUUCUUCGUCCUGAACCUGGUGCUGGGAGUUCUGUCUGGGGAAUUUGCUAAGGAGAGGGAAAGGGUGGAGAACCGAAGGGCCUUCAUGAAAUUGAGGCGCCAGCAGCAAAUCGAGAGGGAGCUCAAUGGCUACCGGGCUUGGAUCGACAGGGCAGAGGAGGUGAUGCUCGCUGAGGAGAAUAAGAAUCCUGGUCCUUCUGCACUCGACGCUCUCAGGAGGCUCCCAGAAUGGAGUACAGGUGGUGCCUACGUGCUAAAGAGAGCCACCACUAUCAAGCGACGAGGAGGAGAUGUGGCACAUCGAGGGCAGCCUGGCGAAGAACAGUACGGGGACAUCGCCUCUGUGGGCGUUCCCAUCAGAGGGAGUAUCAGGAGCGCUAAACGUGGUUCCACUGCGUAUUUCCGCCGGAAAGAGCGUCUCCUGCGCAUCUCAAUCCGUCGUUUGGUGAAGACCCAUACUUUCUACUGGACAGUUCUGGGUCUAGUCGCCCUGAACACUCUGUGUGUUGCGAUCGUGCAUCAUGAUCAGCCACUGUGGUUGUCCCACUUCCUGUACUAUGCAGAGUUCUUGUUCCUCGCUUUGUUCCUCACUGAGAUGUUUUUAAAGAUGUACAGCCUGGGACCGCGGCUCUACUUUCACUCCUCUUUCAACUGCUUUGACUGCAGCGUGAUUGUUGGGAGCAUUUUUGAGGUGCUGUGGGGGUUCUUCAGGCCUGGAACGUCUUUUGGCAUCAGUGUCCUACGUGCACUCCGUCUGCUGAGGAUCUUCAAGAUUACCAAAUACUGGGCGUCUCUGAGAAACCUGGUGGUCUCACUGAUGAACUCCAUGAAGUCUAUCAUCUCUCUCAUCUUCCUUCUCUUCCUCUUCAUCGUUGUCUUUGCUCUUCUUGGAAUGCAGCUUUUUGGUGGCAGGUUUAUCUUCGAGGAUUAUACCCCGACCAACUUUGACACUUUUCCUGCUGCCAUCAUGACUGUCUUUCAGAUCCUGACGGGAGAAGACUGGAAUGAAGUCAUGUAUAAUGGCAUUCGCUCUCAAGGGGGAGUGAAGUCUGGCAUGUGGUCUUCCAUAUAUUUCAUAGUGCUCACGCUUUUUGGAAACUACACUCUGCUGAAUGUCUUUUUGGCCAUUGCUGUGGAUAACCUUGCCAAUGCUCAAGAACUAACCAAGGAUGAAGAGGAAGCAGAGGCAGCUUUCAACCAGAAGCAUGCUCUGCAGAAAGCCAAAGAGGUGGGACCGCUGUCCUCUUUCAUGUCCUCAGAGGGAAGUCGGAGGAGGCGGCCCUACCUGUACAGGAAAAGAGCCAUUCACCGCAGCCGGCCCACCUACUCCUGUUCCCUGGAGGAGGCUCAGGCUAGCGUCAGGGAGGGCCGCCCACCACUCAACCCCUCUAACUCUUUCAUGUCCAGGAGAGAACGGAGAAAGCGCAUGACCAUGUCGGUGUGGGAACAGAGAACCAGCCAGCUGCGCCGACACCGUCAGAUGUCCAGCAGGGAGAUCUUGUACUGCAGCCCAACCGAGGACAAGGAUGGUCAGCCAGGCUCAACACAUGGACGCCCUUCAUCACUGCACAGCAAGGUCACCCAAAACACACUCUCUGGGAGUCAGAGGCACUUAGCAGAACCACAUUCCCCUCAAGCAAAAACCCCGACCUCAGUCGCUUCCAUGCCGCUGGAUUUGAACCUGGCGGGGGAACCUCCCGUACCGGUCGAUCAAACAAGCACGACUUUGAAGGACACAAUACCAGAGCCUACAGAGUCGGAACCUGCUGUUCUCUCCGCGAACCCAAAUCACGAUAUCAGAGAGUGCAAGAGUCCCAGGCUGACCGGCGACCGGCAACACAGGGCAGUCAAGAAAUUCCGCCCGCCAUUAAGCGGCGAGAUGGGAGCUCAUGGAGGCAGAGCUAGAAGAGGGCAUAGGUCAUGUGACCAUCUAUCCCGAAACGAAGGUCAAAGUUCAUCCACAAAAACUGAAAGCAACUCGGUCAGCCAAGACAGAAAAAGGGAUGCUGAAAAUGACGAGGAUGUGAAACCUGAGAAGGCCAUGAAAGAAGUGCCCACAGAGGAGGGAAGCAGUAGGCAGAGGGACCAGAAUGAGAGCGGUGAAGCUGAGCCACCCAACAACCACGCUGGCCCUCUGAAGGAGGAUGAGCAGAAGCCUGAGGACUCCGAGCCUCCACCCACUGUCUUCCCCGAGGCCAGUGCAGAGGACAAGGAGAAAGAAGAAGCUUGUGACGAUGCUCAACUUUGCUCCAGUGUGGUCAUCGACAUCACCAACCAGCAAUCAUUCCUGGAACUCUCCACCAUCUCAGUGUACAACAAGGACACAGAAGUGGUCAAACCAGAAAAGGAAGAUGUUGAAGAGACUAAAGUUGCCAACGCUGUCACUCCAAACAGCAUGUUUAUCUUCAAACCCGACAACCCGGUGCGGCGAGUGUGUCACUAUGUGGUCAACCUGAAGUAUUUUGAAAUGUCCAUCCUCGUGGUGAUAGCAGCCAGCAGCAUAGCACUUGCCGCUGAGGACCCAAUUGCGACUACUUCUGACUGGAACAAGGUUCUACGAUACUUCGACUACGUCUUCACUGGCGUGUUCACCUUUGAAAUGAUCAUUAAGAUGAUCGACCAGGGUCUGAUCCUUCACGACGGCUCCUACUUCAGAGACCUGUGGAACAUCCUGGACUUUAUUGUUGUGGUGGGAGCACUGGUGGCCUUCGCCCUCACGAAUGUAAUGGGGAACAAUAAAGGUCGAGAUAUCAAAACCAUCAAAUCUCUAAGGGUCCUGCGAGUCCUGCGACCACUGAAGACCAUUAAGAGACUUCCGAAACUCAAGGCCGUGUUUGACUGUGUGGUGACGUCUCUGAAAAACGUCUUCAACAUCUUGAUCGUGUACAAACUGUUCAUGUUCAUAUUUGCCGUCAUCGCCGUGCAGCUCUUCAAAGGGAAGUUCUUCUACUGCACAGACAGUUCCAAGGACACGGAGAAGGACUGCCAAGGUUACUACAUUGAUUAUGGCAAAGACAAGAAGGAAGUGAAGAGACGAGACUGGAAGAGACAUGAAUUUCACUAUGACAACGUGGUCUGGGCGCUGCUGACUCUCUUCACUGUUUCCACUGGAGAGGGAUGGCCACAGGUCUUGCAGCACUCAGUCGACGUGACCGAAGAAGACAGAGGUCCGAGCCACGGCAACAGGAUGGAGAUGUCAAUCUUCUACGUCAUCUAUUUUGUCGUCUUUCCUUUCUUCUUUGUCAACAUCUUCGUCGCUCUCAUCAUCAUCACCUUCCAGGAACAGGGUGAUAAGAUGAUGGAGGAGUGCAGCCUGGAGAAGAAUGAGAGAGCCUGUAUUGACUUUGCCAUCAGUGCCAAGCCCUUGACCCGCUACAUGCCCCAGAAUCGCCACACGUUCCAGUACCGUCUGUGGCACUUCGUGGUGUCACCUUCCUUUGAGUACACAGUCCUGGCCAUGAUCGCACUCAACACUAUAGUGCUCAUGAUGAAGUACUACUCGGCACCGCCGGCCUAUGAAGCUGUGCUGAAGCACCUGAACACUGCCUUCACUGUUCUCUUCUCAGUGGAGUGUGUCCUCAAGAUCAUGGCCUUUGGGUUUCUGAACUAUUUCAGGGACACCUGGAACAUUUUUGACUUCAUCACGGUUUUGGGAAGCAUCACAGAGAUUGUGGUUGACCUACAGUUUGUCGACACGUUUAACAUGAGUUUCUUGAAGCUGUUCCGAGCGGCACGUCUGAUUAAACUGCUGAGACAAGGCUACACCAUCAGGAUCCUUCUCUGGACUUUUGUGCAGUCCUUCAAAGCACUGCCUUACGUCUGUCUGCUCAUCGCUAUGCUCUUCUUCAUCUACGCCAUCAUCGGCAUGCAGGUGUUUGGAAAUAUUAAGCUGAAUGAAGACACUCACAUUAACCAACACAACAAUUUCAAGACGUUCUCCGGAGCUCUCUUGCUUCUCUUCAGGAGUGCAACAGGGGAAUCAUGGCAAGAGAUCAUGUUGUCAUGCCUGGGUGGACAGAGAUGUGAGACGGACCCCUCUCUGUCACCUGCAGCCCUGACCACCGACCAGGAGGGGGGCUGUGGCUCCGACUUUGCCUACUUCUACUUUGUGUCCUUCAUCUUCUUCAGCUCAUUUCUGAUGCUGAACUUGUUUGUGGCAGUGAUCAUGGACAACUUUGAGUAUCUGACUCGAGACUCUUCUAUCCUGGGACCCCACCACCUGGAUGAGUUUGUCAGGAUAUGGGGAGAGUAUGACCGAGCAGCCUGUGGAAGGAUCCACUAUAAGGAGAUGUACAAAGUUGUACGCUCCAUCUCGCCUCCUCUGGGCUUUGGAAAGAAUUGCCCCCACAGGGUGGCAUGCAAGAGAUUAGUCUUGAUGAACAUGCCUGUGGACGAGGACAUGUCGGUCCACUUCACUUCCACGCUCAUGGCUCUGAUCCGCACCGCCCUGGAGGUCAAGAUCGCCCGAGGUGGGGAAGAUCGAAAUCAGAUGGACAUUGACCUUCAGAAGGAGAUCAGCAUCAUCUGGCCUCAUCUGUCUCAGAAGACUCUCAAUGUUCUUGUUCCCAUUCACAAAGCUAGUGACAUGACAAUUGGUAAGAUCUACGCCGCUAUGAUGAUCAUGGAUUACUACAAGCAGAAUAAAGCCAAGAAGCUCCGGCAGCAGCUGGAGGAGCAGAAACAUGCGCCAAUGUUCCAGAGAAUGGAUGCCUCCUCGCUGCCUCAGGAAAUCCUAUGCAAUGCCAAAUCCUUGUCAUUCCUCGGUCACAGCGCCGGAUCUGCUCUCACAAGAGGCGGUUUCGUGGCUCUGAGCCCCAUCUCUCCUCAAGAGAUGUUCCUGCAGCCGCUGCCACACUCUGGUGAGGCCGGAGAGGAAGAGGACGAUGACUAUCAUUCCCCAUAUCACCCGUAUUCCUACUCGCAUCACCACCACCAUCUACACACUCCGUUACCAGACAUCGUGGAGUAUAGUCAAAUGAAGCAGCAGUCAAGGCUCGACCCAUCAGCCGUCAAAUCUCCUCAGCGCUCAGCGUCAAUCAGAGCGUCGUCUAUGCCGAGGCUUGCUGUUGACACAAAGGCUGCGAUGUCUACAGACGGUAGUCAGAUGAAGCGCUCCUUUUCCACCAUCGGAGACCAGUGUGUGAACGGACUGUGGCAAGAACAACAUUCUUUGGAGAGAGUCAGUCCUGACGACACGUACAAGCCUCGCCAGAGAAGCUUCAGAGGUCCACGCUUGAGUCACAAAGACGCAAGUCUUCACGAGAGAGGACGCUCCAAAGAACGCCGCCAUCUUCUCUCUCCUGACGUGUCUCGGUGUAACUCGGAGGAGAGAAGCCAGGACCGGUCGUCCGAGCGCAGAUGCUCCCUCUCCCCUACUGAGGGACGUGCUCACACCCUCCAGAGACAGGUCAACACAUCAGGCAGCCCCGCUCAUUCUGACUCCAGCACUCCUCGCAGCCGCCGGCAACUUCCCCAGACGCCAUCGCGCCCGCGACCGUACAUAUCCUACUCUCCACUGGCCUGUCGGACCCAGACCCCUGCACAACCAGCAGACUCCUCAGAGGGGCGUCCGGAAGGUGCUGGCUGCUCUGCGAAGACACCACUGAGGGGGGACAAGGAAUGCGCCCUGAGAGCACAUCAAGUGUCUCUACCCAGCCACGCCUCACCUCACCGCUACAUAUCCGAGCCCUACCUCCCGUUUCAUGAGGAUGUCAGUUGCAGAGAGGCAGGCGAUGCACAGGAGACCCUGACUUUUGAGACUGCAAUUGCGACCAGCCUUGGACGUGCCAACGCCAUAAGCUCAGCUCCUCAGCUCAGACACUCCUGGCAGGUGCCCAACGGCCAUUUUGGGAACAACUUAGGUCAAAGUAGUUCAGCCUCCGCUAGUGAGCUGCUGACUGACACGGAUGAAGAUGAUCACUGUUAAAUCCAAGUGGAAAAAAAGAUGUGAGAGUGGGCUAGAUGACGGCACUAAAAGACAGGGUUAAGUUCCUGGGUUCGACCCAGUAGCAAAGAACACCACUGACCUUCGUCUGGAUGGUGCGAACGUCACAAGGCUUUUCUUAGCUACAGAACGUGUUGAGGGAAGUAGAAGACGCAGCAAAGAUUGCACUCUGAGUAGCACACUGCAGGGAAAUGUUUUCAAGAUUUGCCCUCGUUUUCUCGGUUGAAUUGGGAGGCACACACAGGAGUAGCAUGUACAUAAGUGAUGUGAUGAAUGUAUUUGGCCUCAUGAAGUCAGGGCUUUAUAGUAUAGUCAAUUUCACUGCAAUGUCCAUCUGUAGCAACGGCUGAUCCCUUUGAUACCGACUCAAAGCCCCAAAACAGUUCUUGGUUCCAUCAGAAGGAAGACCUUCUGAGCUAAGCCUCUGUGAAUUGUGGCCGCUGGCGGAUCCUACAUGUGUGUGUUUUGCCCUUGAUGGAGUAUUGUAUUUCAAAUCAUAAGUCAAAGACUGUUGAACCUUUGGUCACGUUGCAGUCAAAUAUUUGUAUGUUAGAGGUGACUAAAGCCAUUUCAGUGCCACCGAGGUGUCUUCUGCAUCAGUGGCCUUCUGCUGCUUCUCUUGUCCCUUUCACAGUCAAAGACAUUUGCAGAAGAAUAGUCAAGGCCAAAGGAUUCUUCCUCUUCUGUGUUGUUUUUCUUCAUAAUUGGAACGGAAAAGACACUUUUCUGUUCUUCUGUCCAAAAGUGAAUAACUCGGUGGCGAUUGUAAUAGGACGUUUGUGAUUGAGGUGUGUUUCAAGGCUGCAGGUUGUUCAUGUUUGAUGUGUUCCAGUUAUUCUAAAAAGAAAUAUUGUUCCCUUAAAUAAGAGCUUCUUAAAAUCAAAUGCUUAACUGAAUAGUGAACACAGUACAAUGGGUUGGAAAAGUCAGUUUGUAUCCUCGCUGGAGUCCGGACCAAAUGCCUUUAAUUGUCUACUGUAGUUUGUAAAGUAAAUACUUUAUCUUACUUUGUAAGACUUUGGAAAGUUUGGUAUCCAUUGAAACAGAAACAACUAGUCUGUGCCUCCUGAGUCUGGUAAAUAUGUAGAAUAAACUGUACAAAUAAAGUCAUGUUUG